UAUUUUCAUUCCCCUUCUCAUUUCUCACUGUUGAAUCUGAAUUCUUCUUCUUUUAUUAUUAUUGUUUUGAGACCAUUUCUCAUCUGACACAUCCAUUACCUUAGCUUCGCAUUUUCAUUUCCACCCGCUGAAGCAUCUCUUCUUGUUGCCGUGAAUCGUUGCAGCAGCAGGGAGAGUCUUUGGAGUAGACCCAAGUUCUGGAUUGUUUCCUUACUUCAAGAAAGGAAACUCAUUUCAGCUUCAGAAGCUGGUUUCUGAGGUGCCCAACAAAAAAUGGCAAAGCGUGGAUAUAAAAUACAGGAAUUUGUGGCUCAUUCGGCAAGCGUCAAUUGUUUAAAUAUCGGAAAGAAAGCAUGCCGUCUUUUCAUUACUGGAGGUGAUGAUCACAAGGUCAAUCUUUGGACAAUUGGGAAGCCAACUUCACUAAUGAGCCUAUCUGGUCAUACUAGUCCAGUUGAAUCUGUCGCAUUUGACUCAGCAGAAGUUUUAGUACUUGGUGGAGCAUCAACUGGUGUGAUAAAGCUUUGGGAUUUGGAAGAAGCUAAGAUGGUUCGCACAGUUGCUGGACACAGAUCCAAUUGUACUGCUGUUGAGUUUCACCCCUUCGGUGAAUUUUUUGCAUCUGGCUCCAUGGACACUAAUCUAAAGAUUUGGGACAUAAGAAAAAAAGGAUGUAUUCAUACGUACAAGGGUCAUAGCCAGGGCAUCAGUACUAUCAAAUUUACUCCAGAUGGCCGUUGGGUUGUUUCUGGUGGAUUAGAUAAUGUUGUGAAGGUGUGGGAUCUAACAGCUGGGAAGCUCUUGCACGACUUCAAGUUCCAUGAAGGACCCAUUAGAUCAAUAGAUUUCCAUCCGCUUGAAUUUCUUCUGGCUACAGGUUCUGCUGAUAGAACAGUGAAAUUCUGGGAUUUAGAAACCUUUGAAAUGAUUGGAUCUGCCAGGCGUGAGGCUUCUGGGGUACGCUCAAUAGCUUUUCAUCCUGAUGGAAGGACCCUAUUUACUGGACAUGAAGAUAGUUUGAAGGUGUAUUCAUGGGAACCUGUGAUAUGUCAUGAUACUGUUGAUAUGGGAUGGACAACACUUGGUGAUCUUUGUAUUCACGAUGGGAAACUUUUGGGGUGCUCAUUCUACCGGAAUUCUGUUGGAAUCUGGGUAGCAGAUAUAUCGCUUAUUGAGCCAUAUGGUGCUGGCUUGGAUCCCAAAAAAAAUGAAGUCACAGAACAAAAACAUGAUCUUCAAAAUAGUAAACUAGAGAAGGUUGAAGUUAAUGAAAGACCAACCUCUGGGUUGCGCAGCAUGUCUCCUGAUGAAUCAAAGGAGAUAAAGAAUAUAUAUAUUGACUCUUCUGGAGGGAGACCUUUUACUUUACCGAGGUCAGGGUCUUUAAGUUCUGAAAAAGUAGAUCUCCCAGAGGAAUUCAAGGAAAUUUGCAACUUGGGAACAAUCAAGCAGAGUCCUCUGACAGGAGUUCGUGUAAAAUCAAAUGAACAAGCAAUUAGAAAAUCUUUCAUUGCACCGAACAUUGUACCUCGGGAUGUUCCUGAGGGUAAAGUCUCAGCAAAAUCUGAAAAAGAGACCAUCACCUUUUCAAAGACUAAGCCUGGAAUGUUACUCAAACCAGCUCAUGUACGGAGAGCAUCCACUGGCAGAUUUGAUGUUGAUAGGUUUUCAGAAGAUAUGAAGUCUGGAACCUUUUGUGAUCCUGCAAUUAAAUUAGACAGCACAAAAGAGCCCAAGUUCCAAACAAAUCUGGGACCUCCGAAUGAAGUCAAAGAAUCGUGUGAAGACAAACAUCCUAUCAAGAGUGUUACAGACAAGUUUGACAAGAUUUUGUCUCCGAGUAGAUUUUCCGACCAAAAGAAAUGUGAUAAAUCCUCACCUCACAAGGAAGAAAGUAGUCCAGUUAAAUACGUCAAUGGAGUUGCUGUUGUACGAGGAAGGACCCGGUCAUUGGUUGAGAGGUUUGAGAGACGGGAAAAGAUUCAAAUUGACGAAGAUCAAACUAAUGUAUUCCUCCCCACAAUAAAUGAAACGACAGAAAAAGUUCACCAUGAAGAUCAAAUAAAAGCAUCUCCCACAGUCACCAUAGUAUGUGAGAGGAGAGAAAAAACUCCCUUAAUUGAAGAUCAAAACAAUCUGCCCUCUGUUCCCAAGACGACAAUAUUGGAAACUGAUAAAUCUCCUGACACACUGAAAGUUGAGCCUCAAAUCUCUAUACGGCAUUCAAACUCUGCAAAUGAGGAAGAAAUCAUUGAAGGUCUGAUGCAAACUCAUGAUGUAACAUUGAGUAAUCUUCGCUCACGCUUGACAAAGUUACAGGUUGUGCGGCACUUUUGGGAGCGCAAUGACAUUACAGGCGCUACCAGUGCUUUGAGAAAGCUGCCAGAUCAAUCUGUUCAAGCAGAUGUUAUCAGUGUCCUUGUGGAGAAGAUGGAGAUUUUCACCAUGGAUUUAUUUUCUUGCUUACUUCCUGUGCUCACAGGCUUGCUUGAUAGCAAGAUAGAAAGACAUGUCAAGGUGUCACUGGAUAUGCUGUUAAAGCUUGUAGCAGUUUUUGGUCCAACAAUACGUGCAACUGUUUCAGCACCUCCCUGUGUUGGUGUUGAUCUACAUCAAGAGGAAAGACGGGAAUGCUGCAACCAGUGCUUUAUGGAACUGCAAAAGAUCCAAAUGAUCCUUCCAAUACUGAUACGGAGGGGUGGAUUAUUGGCCAGGUCUGCCCUAGAGUUAAAUCUUGUUCUUCAGCAGUCCUAACUGAAAAUGUUGUAUGAACUUUAUGCUAAAUUGUGAGGGAGUGACGUGGCUCAAUAUGCUUUGAGGCAGGACUGUACUCAAAACUUAGAGGUUUCAUGUUGGGUUACUGUGAUCGCAGCCUACAAUUUUGUCUUGAUGAUUUGCUCUAUUAGCUGUCAUCAUCGGCUUUGUUGAUGGAAGAGCAUUAUAUCUAAUGAUAUUUGGAAGAAAGUUGUUUUAGCUCAUGUUAAGACACUUAAAGCUAGAACAUCCAUCUCAGGAUCUUGGUCUUCCAACAGUUGUUUGUGAAGGCUUGUGUCCAUAACUUCACUGAUCUUGGCUAUAUUGCUUGUACCUAUUUUUUUUUUCUUCAAUUGUUGUCUGGUUACUACCGUUAAUACUCACCCGAACUGAGGUUUGGUGCGUAUAAUAGUGACUAUAAGCAUAUGUAUCAGUCAGAUGUAUGUAGUAGUAGUAGUAGUAGUCAUGCAUAUUUCUUAUGUAUAUCUCAUGUUCUAAUUUCAAUGAAAUGGAGCUUCAUUUUUUUGUUCAAA